AUGCUGGCACUGGAGGAAUAUGGCCAGCGGGUAUCGCCUAUUCGUGUGGCUGCAGUGUGUGUGCUGACCCCAUUAUCCCCGUUGUUACUAGUGGUAGUAGUGGCGUAUCUCCCGCUUCGCCGCGCUGCUGAAGGUCCUGAUGCAAACUAUAUGUUCUGGAUAAGACAUUUUAUCGUUGUGGGGUGCGGCAUACUAAGCUUUUUAAUGCAAGCCAAGGCGUGGCUUUCCGAACUUCCAUUAACCACAAGAAGGGUGUUAGGUAUUACCGCCUGUAGUACUGGGAUUACUAUUGCGUUCGACAUUGUGCUGGCAAAAGUGUGGGUUUUCCCGGUCCCGUUCAUGAAUAUGAUACAGACUCCACUAGUACUCCUAGUCUGUGUUGUCAGUACGAGUCUCGUGUUGGGUCGAGGAGUGCUCGGAGACGUGCCAGACGCUGAAUUCCGAGUGAAUCGAUACUUUAUGCUCACGAUAGCUCAAGGGUCUCUAGUCACGAUCUACCCUGCGUAUCAAGCGCUCUUUGUAGCCGCGCCGAGGGUUAUUCAGCCACAGCUAAUGGCUCUGCUAACACUUGUGAACGUCGCAAUGAAGAACGUGCUCGCUGCGUGUGGAGCACACUUGGAAGACCGACUGCCAGAGGUGAUUGUGUUCUCCGUGGACGUGUUUAACGCUUUGUACUCUGCUCUUUGUAUGCGGUGUACGAAUUCUCUCAAAAUGGUAGCGAUAGUUGUGGCGCUUAAUGUGAUGGAUUUGGCCCUCGCUCUUCACGGGAUGAACCGACGAUCGCGCGUGGCACUAGCGAACCGAGCAAUUCAACAGAAACGACAUCAAGAGCAACGAUUGAGCGCUAAAACGGUAGGAACGGAGGCUCAAGAAGAACCGGAGCAUUCGCUCGGAACUCUAUUCCAAGCCACUCUGAAGCUUCUCCAGCUACCUGGCCAACUGGAUCCAGCAGAACUGCGUCAGAUCUGCCUGCUCUCCUGUGCUGAACACAACGUAUCGGAGGCUAAUAAGGCUCUUCUGGCAGCUCUAGCUGCUCGAUGUGUUUACCAUAAUGAUCGACGACCAACUGCUCUACGAUCAAUGGCAGAGCGCAAGUCCCGCUAUUCCUCCACCGCCAUGAGUGGGCCAGAGCUAGGAGCUGAAUAUUUCUCAAUGAUUGCAAAGCCUCCCUCUCACUUCACACAAAGACUGAGGGAAGCAGCGAGACUGAUACCGGAAGCAGGGAAACGAUUGAGUGUUCAAAUAAGUGCUCGACUCGGCAACUCUUUCGGGUUUCGGGUCGAUACGACACAGCGCCACAGGAAGUGA